AUGCCAGGAGGCAGGACAGCCCACUCGAGGUUCAAGAUCCCACUAAACCUUGAAGAAGGAAAAUCAUGCAGCUUCACUAAACAGAGUGGGACAGCGAAGCUCCUGAGGAUGGCUUCACUCAUUCUAUGGGACGAGGCAACCAUGACAAAACGGCAGGCAAUUGAGGCGUUAGACAGAAGCAUGCGAGACAUCAUGGAAUGCCCAAACCGACCUUUCGGGGGCAAGACUGUCGUGUUUGGUGGGGACUUCAGGCAGGUGCUUCCUGUAGUGAGGAAAGGGUCACGGGGUCAGAUAAUCGACGCAAGUCUGCGGAGCUCAAACCUCUGGAAGGGCAUGCGCCAGCUAAGGCUCGUCAAGAACAUGAGGGCACAAAGCGACAAGUUGUUCGCGGAUUACCUCCUGAGGGUGGGUAACGGCACCGAGGAAACCGACGAUGACGGAAACAUCCGGCUUCCCGAAGAUAUAUGUGUGUCAUCUACAGGCAAUGACACAGCAGAUAUAAAGAAACUGAUCGACCACGUGUUCCCUGCCCUAGAACACAACAUGGAAAAUCCUAAUUACAUGACUUCUCGAGCGAUCCUCUCCACAAGAAACGACAACGUCGAUGGAAUAAACAUGCACAUGAUUGAGCGUUUUCAGGGCGAGGAGAGGAUCUACUAUAGCUUCGAUAGCGCGGAGGAUGAUCCACACGGCUACUAUCCUCAAGAGUUCCUGAAUGACCUAACUCCUAAUGGGCUUCCCCCGCACAGUAACGCCAUCGACGCAGAGAUCGUCGUGGGGCAGCAUGCAGGAGAGAGGGUGUUUCUUCCUCGGAUACCUCUAUGCCCAUCCGACAAUGACAUGUUCCCGUUCGGAUUCAAGAGGAAGCGGUUCCCCAUCGGGCUCGGCUUUGCCAUGACAAUCAACAAGGCACAAGGCCAGACCAUCCCAACUGUAGGCGUGUACCUACCGGAGCCGGUGUUUUCUCAUGGCCAGCUCUACGUCGCCUUGUCCAGAGCCACCGCGAAAAGUAACAUCAAGAUUCUCGCCAUCAAGGACGAUGGAAAGGACAAAACCAAGAAUUCAAAGAAAAGAAAAAGAACCGAGUCCUUAGUAACCACCACUUUGAACAUAGUCUACAAGGAAGUUCUUAACAUUUGA